CGUCUCAGGUGGAUGAAUUAACUUUGAAAUGGCUGAUCUCACCCUGGAGGAUGGCAGCUGUAUGGACUGGCAAAAACGGUGCCUUGCAUUGGAGUCCCAGCUCUUCAAGUUCCGUCUGCAGGCAGGCAAGAUCCGGGAGCUGUUGGCUGAGAAGAUGCAGGAAUUGGAACAGAGAGUGAUAGAGGCAGAGCAAAGAGCUGAAGAUGCAGAGAAACAGAUCAGAGCUAUGGAAGAGAAGAUGAAACUAGCUAACAUGAAGACCAGUGAAUCGGAGAGCAAUCUGUACAGGAAGUACCAGGAGCUGAUGGGCACAAUGCAAGGAAAGGAAGUUCUGAUCAACAAGUUGGAGACACAGGUGGCAAAACAGAAGCAGUUGAGGACUGAGGAAGCAAAAAUUGUUCAAGAGAAAGCUGCCAAGAUCAAAGAGUGGGUAACUUUUAAGCUGCGAGAGCUUGAGCUAGAAAAUUUCCACCUGAAAAACUGUAAUCAGAGGCUGAUGGAGCAAAUCAAAGCCCUUCAGGAAACGUUGCAAGAUAUUUCCAGAAUUCCUCACUUUGAAUCUCUCUGGAGCUAUAAUUCUGUGGAGCCUAAAACACCACACACCUCUUUCCCUGAGAAAACAGAGCAGAACUCUGUGCUCCUUGCACCUGGUUUCAGACAAGCAUGUCAGACAGCAUCUACAAAAUAUGUCAUAUCUACAGCAAACUUGGUCCUUGCCAAGGACACUGAGGAUGGAGAGGAUAAGUCUCUGCUUUCCCAGAGCACAGUGCGACUCGUGGCUGACCCAUCAAGCUGGAAUCUCUCCACAGAGAAGGACAUAUUCCCUACAAUAAACUCCAAACAUAAUUUAGGGUACUCUGAUCCCACAUCACUGGACCCUCCGUCUGAGCCCACGAAAAUCCUUGAGUCUUUGACUUUCCAAACUUCUUCGGAGGGAAACCAUAGCUCUGUGAGCACCUUGAAACAAAUGACAUUGAGCAGAGCCAGCUCCUCUGAUGAACUGAGUGCCAGGUUCCGCUCCCACCGGCUGGACUCCACUUCCUCGGGAGAAAUACUGAGCAGCCUCGAGAGCCACCUCCAGGCUGUUGAGCCUUCCCUGGUGGUAUCAGCAUCAUCCGUUUCGUCACAUCUUAUCUGCCCAGCGAGGGAAUGUGGCCUUGGCAGUAGUAUGACCCUUCCAAAAACACGGGCAACCAGUACGGCGAGAGACAGUAUCCAGCUAGCCAAGAGACACAGUCAGCCCCAGCCAGGAGCUGGUUCUUUCCACUGCAUCAUGAGCUUAAAGGCUGGCACCUUCCAGCCCAUAACAACUUCCCCAGUCUGCCAUGGGCAAGUAGAGGAGACAGACAUUGAUGAUGAUGAUGAUAAUGAUGGGGUGCGGGAAGAAAUGGAGACAGAAGGUGGACAGGUGAGGGGAGAAGCUGGAACGUGUGAGGAGGUCAAGCACUUACCUGCGGGGCAGAAGGAAGCUGCGAGUUCUGAGGCUGAUGCCCUCAAUCCAGGAGGCAAACCUCCCCCGCCGCCGCUGCACAGAUUCCCAUCGUGGGAGAGUCGCAUCUACGCGGUGGCCAAGUCUGGCCUGAGGUUGUCUGAAGUGGCCGCAGUGAAUGAGGCUUCCAGCUGCUUUUCGAAUUUCUCACGUGUGGCUUCUGGGCCGUUUACCAGUCUCAUCUACAGAAAUGUCACAGUGCCAGUCUACACGACGCUGAAGGGGAAAGCCACGCAGAUAAGCAACGUGCCCUUCUUAGAUGAGUCUUCGGGCUCUGAUGAUGACUGCAGCUCCCAUGCCAGCUUCAGAGCUUCUAACGCUGGGUCUGAGAACAGGAAAGCCAGCAUGCCAGGCAGCCCUCGUGCAGUGAAAAGAGGUGUUUCCAUGUCCUCACUGAGCUCCGAGAGUGAUUAUGCCAUCCCUCCUGAUGCCUAUUCUUUGGAUGGUGACUAUUCAGAGCCAGAGCAUAAGCUCCAGCGGACGUCCUCCUAUUCCACUGAUGGUGGGAUUUGCACUGAACCUAUGGAGAAGUCGGGUUACUUGCUGAAAAUGGGCAACCAGGUGAAGAUGUGGAAGAGGAGAUGGUUUGUUCUGAGAAAUAGGCAGUUCAUGUACUACAAGUCUCCGAGUGACGUUAUCCGCAAGCCACAAGGGCAGAUGGAGCUGAACUCCUCGUGCCAAAUUGUCCGGGGUGAAGGGUCCCAAACAUUCCAGCUUGUGACAGAAAAGAGAACCUACUUCCUGACAGCAGACUCUCCCAACAUCCUGGAGGAAUGGAUUCAUGUGCUGCAGAGCAUCCUCAGGGUGCAGGUGACCAGUUCUGUUGGUGUUCCACGUAGUGAUGCAAAACCUGUUGUGAAAGGUUGGUUAACCAAGGUCAAACACGGCCAUUCUAAGCUGGUUUGGUGUGCGCUGAUUGGGAAAACAUUUUACUACUAUCGAAAUCACGAGGAUAAGUGUCCCCUGGGGCAUCUGUGUCUGCGCGGAUCCCAGGUGAAAGAGGUAGACCGCUCCUGUGACUCCGAUGAGGAUUAUGAAGCUGCCGGUGGAGGCCUGCUCUCAUCCCACUGCACCCUGGUGAUUCACCCACAGGACCAGAGUCCCACCUACUUGCUCAUUCGUACCAAGCAAGAGAAGGAUACCUGGCUGUACCAUCUGACAGUGGCAGCUGGUAGUGGUAAUGCCACUGUGGGCACGUUGUACGAACAACUCAUUGGAAAGCUGCUGGAUGCAGAGGGAGACCCUAAUUCUCCUCUGUGGAAACACCCCAUGUUGUGCUACAGCAAAGAUGGGUUGCACACAUCCCUCACCACCCUGCCCUCAGAGGCUCUGCAGACUGAAGCUCUGAAGCUUUUCAAGUCAUGCCAGCUGUUCAUCAACGUCCCCGUGGAGGCACCUUCUAUUGAUUACCACGUGUCACUUGCCCAGACAGCGCUGCAGGUCUGCCUGACACACACGGAGCUGCAGAAUGAAAUUUACUGUCAGCUCGUUAAACAGACCAGCUGCCGACAGCCCCACAACCACUCGGUCAUUCAGUGCUGGCAGCUCCUGGCUCUGUGUGCUCCUCUGUUCCUGCCUCAACAUCACUUUCUCUGGUACAUCAGACAGCACUUGCAGCGGCACGCAGACCCCAGGAGUGAAACAGGCAAGUAUGCCAUCUACUGCCAGAGAUCCGUGGAGCGCACGGUGCACGCUGGCGAGCGGGAGGCCAAGCCUUCCCGCAUGGAGAUCGUGUCCAUCCUUCUGAGGAACCCCUACCACCACUCGCUGCCCUUCAGCAUCCCUGUGCACUUCAUGAACGGAACCUACCAGGUUGUAGGCUUUGAUGGUUCCUCCACAGUUGAUGAAUUUAUCCAGCGGCUGAACCAAGAGACAGGAAUGAAGAAGCCAUCCCACAGGGGAUUUUCUCUCUUCACAGAUGAUCCUUCUGGCAGGGAUUUGGAGCACUGCCUGCAGGGCACCAUGAAGAUUUGUGAUGUUAUUUCUAAAUGGGAACAAGCCUUAAAGGAAUUGCACCCUGGGAAAUAUGAAGGUGGCACGAGAAUAGUCAAGCUGACCUAUAAGAACAGGCUGUAUUUUCGGAGCCAGGCUCAAGGUGAGACAGACCGGGAGCGGCUGCUGCUGGCCUUCCAAGUCAGCAGUGAAAUAGCCAGUGGAAGGUUUCCUGUCAAUAAGGAGCUGGCUCUGGAAAUGGUGGCCCUGAUGGCUCAGGUGGAAUAUGGUGAUUUGGACCGACCAGUAUCUUCAAGUCCUGUGGGAGCAUCGCAAUCCAAAAUGCAGCAUCUGCUCCAUCAGGUCUUAGAUAAAUUCUAUCCCAAACGCUAUAAGCAAAACAUUACUCCUGAGCAGCUCAGGCAAGUGACCGACAGGUUGGCGGCCAAGUGGAUGAUGCUGCAGGGAUGCUCUCCCCCCGAAUGCGUCCGGAUUUAUUUGACCGUGGCCCGGAAGUGGCCUCUCUUUGGAACCAAAAUGUUUGCUGCUAAGCCUAUUUUGCCUUCUUCCUUGGAAGACUGUCCAGUCUGGAUUGCUGUGAAUGAAGAUGGUAUCAGCAUACUGGAUUAUAACAGCAUGCACUUGAAGCUCUCAUAUUCAUACUCCUCUGUGCUGACCUUUGGGGGCUGCCGAGAUGACUUCAUGAUUGUAGCCAGUCAAACGAAAGAAAGGAGCUCUGGAAAACACAGCACUGAAAAACUCCUUUUCACAAUGGCAAUUCCAAAGAUUGUUGAAGCAACACUUCUUAUUGCCAGCUAUAUUAACUACCGUUCAGCAGCCUCUCCCUCAUCCUCCGCACAGCCCUCCCAAAGUGCCACCCCUGCGCCCAGGUUCUGGGAGCCUGAAAGUCGGCGCUUGUACCCUUCUGUGCCUCGGAGCACUAAGGGGCCCACCCUGCUCUGAGGGCUCCUUCCAAAUGAUUUUGGGUGCUUUUUUUUUUUUGUUGGGUUUUUUGGUCUUUUUGCACUGCUCUGUACUGAAUUAGACUGCUGUGAUUUUGCUGAUUACCCACCUUGUUUUAAUACAGGCUCUAAUUCUUUUUCUGUAAUCAUACAUGAAAUUCCUUAGUGUGGGUAAAGGCAGGGUCCAUUCUUUCCAAAAAGCUUGACUUUGGAGCUCUGCGGGAGUUUCCUUCCCCUGCCACACUCCAUCCAACGCACCAUGGCUGGAAUCACUUCCCCGCACUGUGCUCCAAUCACAUUACAUUCCCCAUAUCUCAGUCCUUCCACCUGUUUUUUCUUCCAUCUCCCUUUCUUUCAAGCACUCGUGUUUUCUUUGAUGCCUCCCUUUUACAGCUUUGUACCCCCUCUAGAGCACUGCAGAACCUAUGGCUGGAACCUCACACCAACUCUGCAGCUCCCACUGGCCUCUCCAGCUCAUCGCAUCCCCUUUCAGUUAUUUGCAUUAUUUCUUGGAGUGUUCUGUAAAUAUCGAUGAUUAAGUUACCUGCUCUUUACUUGAAUUAGACUGUAACCUCUGCAGGGUAAGUUUGACUUGUGUCUAUGACUUGGACUUGACCGCAGUGAGCUAAAUCCACGGCCCUGGUGGAGAGGGCCAGGGCGGCCUGUGGCUGACCCUGCACAGGGAUGCGCGCUGCUGCGCGGGGUCGCCGCAUCACAGACCAGGUGCACCCUGAAAACGGCAAGUACCAGCGUGUAAAGAUCAACACUACAUGGUUUGAUUAGGUAGUUCAGGCCUAACUUCAGCUCUGUGCGCUGGUUGUUGAGAGGCAUCAGGCCAAAGUUUUCAGGACUGCUCAGAUUCACUGCUGUCACUUCCAAAAUAGAGACAGUCUUUUUACCAACACCUACAAUAGUUGUGUGUAUUUAUGCAACAGUUCAGCACCACCAAGACGACAAUUUAGAAUUUCCUUAGAGCUCUUUUCCUCCCCCAAGCUGGUGCCCAAAUUCAAAGGCCUGGAUUCUUUCUUAGUCCUUGCUCCAGACAUGAACGAAAGGACGAACAAGCUCUCCUGAGGGAAGAGGACCUAAAUUGACAAGAACCACCUUGGUUUGAGUCGAGAAUUAUUUGAAAACUGAAAGAGAGUCUGGAACAAGAGUCUAGUGGUACUUGAGAAUAAUUUCCACCUUACUUAAAGUUAGGUUUCCACCUUUACUUGGUGCAUCCUGAGGACUGGCACAGGGUGAGAUGGUGCCCCGGCUCCUGUAGCGCCGAUGCAUUUUGGGAGGCAACGCUGUUCGGGAUGGAUGAAGACUGGAUCUCUGCUGCUGUGGGGCGGAGUGCCCCGGAGCCCAGCAGCAGACAAGCACUUUCAAAGACUUGUUCUGUUAAUCACUGUUGUGCUUCGAGCUGUUUCAGACUGCACCUGAUCUCAGACAAAGGAAGGCAAGGCAGGCAACGUUUGUGCGUCUUGUUUUCCAGCAACGGGCACAGGUAGCCCCUGCCCAAACACCACCCAGCUCUGCCAGCCUCUGUCCUCCAAAGUUGCUCCUUUUAAACUCCUGCUUCCUUCGUGCUGCACAAGCAAGGAGGAGGUAGUCAGCACCUGUCUGUCCAUGUACUGUCCUUCCCUUUCCCAAAACUUUUGAGCCCUUGUCUCUUUGAAGGAAGCCUAAUGCAUUUUAAACAAUUAAAAAGAAAAGUAGCCCUUCUUCAACAUCUAUCUGGCUUGAGCUCUACUCUUUUCACAAGCAUUCUGAAAAUUGAGGGAAGAGAAAAGUGCAAUUUUUAAGAACUUCAUACAAAUUUUGUAUUCAUGGGAAACUUCCACGUGAAAACAGUGUGAAUCCAACCAUGAUAAAGAAUUCAACAAUAGCAAACUAAAGUCAUGCCCAAAUGAACAAACCAACCAUACCCGUGUGUUUAUUUGCUCAUCCUUGCCAGCAGCCCCAAAAUACCUUACUCGUGCUGAUGCUUCAGAAAGUUUCUGUUAAAGGUUGAGUACAUAAUGUUGCAUAGGGGUGCAUAAAUUAAGAGAGAUGAGGAUGGGACAGGCACAAACAUUUUGUAUAAUUCUGAUCACUCUCUUGUCAGCUUCUUUAUAACAUACAAAACAAUACAACUGGGGGGAAAAAAGGUUGGGUUAAGGGAAACACUAUAACGGCCCUAACUCAGGGAAGGUUUACAUAAGUGGAGACCAGAUUUGCACAUAUUGCAUUCUGUCCCCUCAUCAUGAAUUUAAGGAGCAUUCCUUCAAGCUUUCUUGUAAAGGGCAGAAGUUUUCUAGGCCAAAAACCACCCACAGUUUUGAGAAGGCUGAUGAUACAGGUGUGAAUAGCAUAGUUUCCCACUCUCACACAUACCCCUUCUCUCUUAAUGAUCUUAGGACCGAUGUUGAGCUUGAAUAAGGCGAGCCUUAUUUCUGCUCACAUGGUCUCUCCUGCAGCAAACAGCUCCUGGGGCUGCUGCUGUCUGUCUGUGGCACGAAGCUGGCUCAGAACGAGCUGACGUUGCU